AUCAAACCAUCAAAGAUUUAAACUAGGUACACCUUACUAGCAACAAACAACACUUGAAGUACCUACCUUUGGUUCUUGUUUUAGGACAAAACAUGGAAUUUGUUUCUAUGUUGUGCUUGUUUACUUUCAUUUCUUUCUCUCUUCUUCUUAUCCAUUCAAUCUUCAAGUUCUUGGCUUUUGCUUCCAAGAAAUUGCCACUUCCUCCAGGCACUAUGGGUUUGCCUUAUAUUGGUGAAACCUUCCAACUCUACUCUCAAAAUCCCAAUGUUUUCUUUGCUUCCAAAGUGAAGAAGUAUGGUUCAAUAUUCAAGACUUACAUAUUGGGUUGUCCUUGUGUAAUGAUAUCAAGUCCAGAAGCAGCCAAACAAGUUUUGGUCACAAAGGCUAAUUUGUUUAAGCCUACAUUUCCUGCUAGCAAAGAGAGGAUGUUGGGAAAACAAGCUAUUUUCUUUCAUCAAGGUGAUUACCAUGCCAAACUGAGAAAAUUAGUCCUCCGGGCUUUCAAACCCGACUCGAUCAGAAACAUCAUCCUAGACAUUGAAUCCAUCGCGAUAACAUCACUCGAAUAUUUCGAAGGAAGGUUGAUCAACGCUUAUCAAGAAAUGAAGACAUAUACAUUCAAUGUAGCAUUGAUUUCAAUAUUUGGUAAAGAUGAACUCCUAUAUAGAGAGGAACUUAAGAAGUGUUACUACAUUCUCGAAAAAGGAUACAAUUCGAUGCCAAUCAAUCUCCCCGGUACACUCUUCAACAAAGCAAUGAAAGCAAGGAAAGAACUAGCAAAAAUUGUUGCUAAAAUCAUCUCUACUAGACGAGAAAUGAAGAUUGAUCAUAGCGAUUUGCUCGGUUCAUUCAUGGGAGAUAAAGAAGGUCUCACUGAUGAACAAAUUGCAGAUAACGUAAUCGGAGUCAUAUUUGCAGCUAGAGACACUACUGCUAGUGUACUUACAUGGAUCCUCAAAUACCUUGGAGAAAAUCCUAGUGUCCUACAUGCUGUCACAGAAGAACAAGAGAAUAUAAUGAGAACAAAAGAGGAGAAUGGUGAAGAAAAACUUCUAAAUUGGGUAGAUACAAAACAAAUGCCUAUGACAACAAGAGUAAUUCAAGAAACACUUAGAGUUGCUUCAAUUUUAUCUUUCACAUUUAGAGAAGCUGUUGAAGAUGUUGAAUUUGAAGGAUAUUUAAUACCUAAAGGAUGGAAAGUUUUACCACUCUUUAGGAAUAUUCACCAUAGUCCAGACAACUUUCCUGAACCAGAGAAAUUUGAUCCUUCAAGAUUUGAGGUGUCACCAAAACCCAAUACUUUCAUGCCAUUUGGCAAUGGGGUCCACUCAUGUCCCGGGAAUGAGUUAGCCAAGCUGGAGAUUUUGAUCCUUGUACAUCAUCUGACCACAAAGUACAGGUGGUCUAUGGUGGGCCCACAAAACGGAAUUCAGUAUGGGCCAUUUGCUCUUCCCCAAAAUGGUUUGCCCAUUAAGAUCUCUCUCAAAACAUCAUCAGCAUAAGCCUAACAAGCAUUGAGAUGAAAAAAAACACAAAUUUGUGAUUUUUCCUCAAGAAAAAACAAAUACAAAUAUUAUACAAAAAUAAGUUCGGGAUCUCGCUUAGUGGCAUCACAUGAGCUUGACUAGGUUCGACAAAACAAUAAGUAUUAUAGUACGCUAUUUUUUUCUGAAAUAAAACUUUAUCCAACGGGAUACAUAUUAAUCAAAAUGAAACCUAAAAGAUGGGAUAGAUGAUCCAUGUCCAAAAGGUGCAUCACACGAGCUUGGUCUAUUCAAAAGGCAUGGCCACAACCAAGACAGAUAUCACACGAGCUUUUAUUGAUUAGUCCAAAAGACACAACCAAGAUCAAGACGAGCACAUAAGUUGAGGACCGAAAAUUGUAAAUACAAAAGAGUUCCCAUAUUACUUAGAGAUAUUCAAAGUCAUAAGAAGAAAAAAAAACACAAAGGGUAUGAUUUAUUUUUUCCUUAAAGAAAAGGAGAAAAUAGAGUGAAGGUAAUUCAUUAGUAUAACAUAUAGUAAGAGGAAUUCUUUCUUUUUCUUUACUUCUUAUUUUGUAAUUUUUUUUUAAUAUUUUGGGGUUUUUUUUUUCUAAAAAAAUUCUGACAUGUAAAGAAGUCCGUAAGGCAAUUAAUUAAAAGUUGAUUAAGACAGCACAUAGUUCUGUCAAUUUUUUAA